AAAUUGAAAAUAUCCCGCUCCAACCUCUAUAUAUACUAUUCAAACUCGUUUUCAUUUCAGAGAUAGCCGUUAGAGAAGAAAGAAGAAAAAAAAAUCAAAGAAAAAGCGAAGCAGAGAAAAAUGGCGACGAACAUUGGAAUAAUGGACGCUGCAUAUUUCGUCGGUAGAUCUGAAAUACUCUCUUGGAUAAAUUCAACUCUUCAACUCAAUCUCUCCAAAGUCGAAGAGGCUUGUUCUGGUGCGGUUCACUGUCAGCUUCUUGAUGCCGCUCAUCCUGGAACUGUUCCGAUGCAUAAGGUGAAUUUCGAUGCGAAGAAUGAGUAUGAGAUGAUUCAGAAUUAUAAGGUUCUUCAAGAUGUUUUCAACAAACUCAAAAUCACUAAGCAUAUUGAGGUUAGCAAGCUGGUGAAAGGAAGACCGUUGGAUAAUCUGGAGUUCAUGCAAUGGAUGAAACGAUACUGUGAUUCUGUUAAUUCUGGACAGCACAGUUAUAAUCCUUUGGAGAGGAGAGAGAUGUGCAGGGGCGGAGGAAGAGAAGUGAGUAAAAAAUCUGCACACUCUCAACCCUCAAACAAGGGUGGUUCUACUUCACACAGGCCUCCUCAAUCUUCCCACACUGCUCGAAGGAAUGAUGUGUCUACUGCAAACCAUGCAAAUCCGGUGGCUGCAAAAGCCGCUAAGCCUGCUGCCGCGGCCGCCGCUGCUUCUGCAGCCCCUGCAUAUGAUCAACAGAUAACGGAAUUGAAGUUAUCCAUUGACAGUCUUGAGAAGGAACGAGAUUUCUACUUUGCAAAACUGAGGGAUAUUGAGAUACUUUGCCAGACUCCUGAAGUAGAACAUUCAGCGGUUUUUGCAGCAAUACAGAAGAUACUGUAUGCUACUGAUGACAAUGGAUCUGAGUUGGAAGAAGCUCAAGCUAUGCUUACUUCUGGUCUUCAGGAAGCAGAGCCAUUGAGCCCCAUUGCUGAGGUUUCUGAGGAGAAGAGCAGUUCUGAAAAUCUCAAGAGAAAGAACUUUGCCAACCCUGAGGUUGAUGCUGCUGGCAUCGAUAAUUUGUCUCCUAGACGAAGGCUUUCUGAUGUUUCGAAUGUUCACCAUAACGGGUCACCUCUCAUGAUCUGAAAGAAAAAUUACAGGAAGAAAACUAUUUUGGUUGUAAUAAUUUCUGAUUCAUGUGUUAAGUGACAAUGUUUUUUGUAAUGAUUAGGGGCUCUAGAGAGACUCUCUCUGUUAUGAAUAUGGUUAUAUGGUAUAUGUUAAUUCAGAAG